UCUUCGGGGGCAGGCAGGUGUCAGGGAGGGUACGUGGGGGAGCAGGUGGGGCCUCCAGUGGGGAGAUGAGCGUGGCUGGUGGGAGGGCAGGGGUCGCUGGACACAUGGGGAAGGCAUGGCCCAUGUCACCAGUGGGCUGGGAGGCAAGAGUCCUAGAAAGAGCCCAGCGGUGGCUGCCCUGUGGGGAGAGGAGGGUCCCCCCACAAACAGUGCCCCCGCUCAGGGACGGGUGCAGCAGUGGGAAGAGCCCACUGGCUCUGGAGUCCUGGCUGCAUGCUGGAGCUGAGUGGCCUUGGUCGUGUCACUCCCCUCCCUCUGGGGCUGAGCACGAGAGCUGCUUCUGCAGGGCCUGGCUCGGGAGAUGGGGCCACACGGCAGGCAGCUGGCGCCCGGAGGGACUGCUCCCUCUCCAGCGCCGUGCUUGGCUCCCCGUGGCUUCUAGCGCUUCCCACAGAGGUCCCCACCUAGGCCUGAAGAUGUUGCCAACGUUGGUCGUAAGACAGCUGGUCCCUGAAGGCAGUUCAGAAAAUACCCCCAAAGUGGCUUGAGCGAAGGUGAUGGUUCUAACGAAGGGUGUGUUCUCCUGGGCGGGCGUGGAGGGGGUAAGCGGGGGGUGGGGGGUGGGGAGGCUGGGCUGCCGCGUGGCUGUGGCAGGUGCUGCAAAACCGAGGCCAAGCCACUGCCCCAGCCUGACCGUGAGAAGCACAGCAAACCCCAGCAGAAGGGCGUCCCACAGACCCCUCCUGGCCUUCCCCGACAGCCCACGGCAUCAAGAUCGAGGGGCCGCGAGCACAGAGCGAGUGCGUUAGGGAAACCGGGGAUCCGAAUCAAGGGUGGAUGUUGGCUAAUAAUGUGUCGGUAUUGGCUCAUGCGUUGUGACAGUGUAUGGCUCGAGCAUUAGGUGGGAAACUGGGUGCAAAGGACCAUCUCACACCUUGUCUGUAAAUGGAAAGCUGUUCCACAAGUUUACUUUUUAAACUGUCCUUAUUCACACACACCCCCAUCCCCAAGCUGUCUCCCCAGGGUCGUGCCCCCCGUCCGGGCUCACCUGCCCGGGUCUUGCCCUCCACCUGGACCAGGUGCGGAGGCCGCAGCGGCCCCGCCCCCGGCCCCGCCCCGGCCCCGCCCCCCGCUCGCUGGUGCGGGCGGCUCCGGCGGCGGCGGCGGCGGCGGCGGCGGCCUCGGCGGAGCGCGGUGGCCUUCCCCGGGUCCAGGAGCCAUGGAGCCCACGGCGGGUGACUUACAGCUUGUGCCUGGGGCGGCAAAGGAAGUCCCGGCUCCCGAUGCCACGUGCUGCCGUGUGGCCCUCUCCGCUGUGGUGGCCACCGGCAUUGUCAUGGUCACCCUGGGAGUCCUCGUGGCCUCCCUCUCUACACAGGGUGUCGACGUGGAGCACACGGCUGAGCUGCAAGGGGUCCAGUAUGCCCGCAGCUUGCAGCAAGAGACCUCAGAGUACUACCGCACGCUGACGCCCACUCUGGAAAGGCUGUUUGUGAGCAGCUUCCAGAAGACAGAGUUGGAGGCCAGCUGUGUGGGCUGUACCGUGCUAGGUUACAGGGAUGGGAAUUCCAGUGUCUUCGUGCAUUUCCGGCUCCACUUCUUGCUGCAAGCCCUGCAGCCACUGAGCCUGGGCCUGGAGGAGGAUCUAUUGCAGCAGGGACUCAGAGCAAGGCUGCAGGGGCAUGGUAUCCCCCUGGCUGCCCACGGCACCAUCAUGUCCGCUGAGCUCACAGGCAAUCAGAAAGGGCCACUGACAGAAAGAGACUUAAAAUCAGCAGGUCACUGUCCAGGGAACACCUUUUCCUGCCAGAACAGCCAGUGUGUGACCAAAGUGAACCCGGAGUGUGACGACCGAGUGGAUUGCUCCGAUGGAUCUGAUGAGGCCCACUGUGACUGCGGUCUACAGCCCGGCUGGAAGACAGCCGGCCGGAUCGUGGGCGGCAUGGAAGCGUCCCCCGGGGAGUUCCCGUGGCAAGUCAGCCUUCGAGAGAACAAUGAGCACUUCUGUGGGGCUGCCAUCGUCGGGGCCCGGUGGCUGGUGUCUGCAGCCCACUGCUUCAACGAGUUCCAAGACCCGAGAGAGUGGGUGGCCUACGCGGGCACGACGUACCUCAGCGGGGCCGAGGCCAGCACGGUGCGGGCGCGCGUGGCCCGCAUCCUCCCGCACCCGCUCUACAACGCGGACACGGCCGACUUCGACGUGGCGGUCCUGCAGCUGGACAGGCCCCUGCCCUUCGGCAGGCACGUCCAGCCCGUGUGCCUCCCCGCAGCCACGCACGUCUUCCCGCCCCGGAGGAGGUGCCUGAUCUCCGGCUGGGGCUACCUCAGGGAGGACUUCCUGGUGAAGCCAGAGACGCUGCAGAAAGCCACCGUGGAGCUGCUGGACCAGGGCCUGUGUGCAAGUCUGUAUGGCCACUCGCUCACCGACAGGAUGGUGUGUGCCGGCUACCUGGAUGGGAAGGUGGACUCCUGCCAGGGUGACUCAGGAGGCCCCCUGGUCUGCGAGGAGCCCUCCGGCAGGUUCUUCCUGGCCGGCAUCGUGAGCUGGGGUAUUGGCUGUGCGGAAGCCCGGCGUCCCGGGGUCUAUGCCCGCGUGACCAGGCUGCGGGACUGGAUCCUGGAGGCCAUCACCAUGGUGAGCAAGCCUCUGGCCCCCACCGUGGCUCCCACCUCCGCCAGCCACAGCACUGCCCGGCCCACCAGUCCCGAGAGCCCGGUGGUCCACACCCCCGCCAGACCCACGCGGGGCCCCAGCACGGCGCCUCCUGACUCAGGGACAGCCUCUAAGCCACAAGAGUGUGGGGCCAGGCCCGCCAUGGAGAAGCCCACGCGGAUCGUGGGCGGGCUGGGAGCCGCCUCUGGGGAGGUGCCCUGGCAGGUCAGCCUGAAGGAAGGUUCCCGGCACUUCUGUGGUGCGACCCUGGUGGGCGACCGCUGGCUGCUGUCGGCUGCCCACUGCUUCAACCACACGAAGGUGGAGCUGGUGCGGGCCCACCUGGGCUCCGUGUCCCUCGCGGGCGUUGGUGGAAGCCCGGUGAAGAUGGAGCUCAGGAGGCUGGUGCUGCACCCCCAGUAUGACCCCGGUGUCCUGGACUUCGACGUGGCCGUCCUGGAGCUGGCCAGGCCCCUGGGUUUCAACAUGUUCAUCCAGCCCGUGUGCCUGCCCCUGGCCAUCCAGAAGUUCCCCGUGGGCCGCAAGUGCAUGAUCUCCGGAUGGGGUAACACGCAGGAGGGCAACGCCACCAAGCCCGACAUUCUACAGAGAGCGUCCGUGGGCAUCAUAGACCAGAAGGCCUGCAGCGCCCUCUACAACUUCUCCCUCACGGACCGGAUGCUGUGCGCCGGCUUCCUGGAGGGCAAGGUCGACUCCUGCCAGGGUGACUCUGGCGGACCCCUGGCCUGCGAGGAGGCCCCCGGGGUGUUUUACCUGGCGGGGAUCGUGAGCUGGGGGGUCGGCUGUGCUCAGGCCCAGAGGCCCGGCGUGUACACUCGCGUCACCAGGCUGAAGGGCUGGAUCCUGGACACCAUGUCCUCGGGCCCCCUGCCCAGCCCUCCCCCGCCCACCACGGGACCCCCCGCUGCCACCAGGCCUUCCUCCAGGACGGCAGCUGGCCCCACGGUCCCGGGGGUCCUGGCCAGCAGAGCCACCCUCCCAGCCACCCACAGGGCGACCAGCCAACCUGCCAGCAGGACUGCCACCACCGUGAGCACAGCUGCGGGGGGACAAACGCCACCUCCAAGCUCCCCUGGCACCACCGUGGGCUUCCAGCCACCAGGCUGCGGCCUGGCACCCGUGGCAGCGAUGACCAGGAUCGUGGGCGGCAGCGCCGCGGGCCGCGGGGAGUGGCCGUGGCAGGUGAGCCUGUGGCUGCGGCGCCGGGAGCACCGCUGCGGGGCCGUCCUGGUGGCCGAGAGGUGGCUGCUGUCGGCGGCGCACUGCUUCGAUGUCUACGGGGACCCCAAGCAGUGGGCGGCCCUCCUGGGCACGCCGUUCCUGAGCGUCGCCGGGGGGCAGCUGCGGCGCGUGGCGCGCAUCUACAAGCACCCCUUCUACAACCUCUACACGCUCGACUACGACGUGGCGCUGCUCGAGCUGGCGGGCCCCGUGCGCCGCAGCCGCCUGGUGCGGCCCAUCUGCCUGCCCGAGCCCACGCCGCGGCCCCCCGACGGCGCGCGCUGCGUCAUCACCGGCUGGGGCUCGGUGCGCGAGGGAGGCUCGAUGGCGCGGCAGCUGCAGAAGGCGGCCGUGCGCCUCCUCAGCGAGCAGACGUGCCGCCGCUUCUACCCAGUGCAGAUCAGCAGCCGCAUGUUGUGCGCCGGCUUCCCGCAGGGCGGCGUGGACAGCUGCUCGGGUGACGCUGGGGGACCCCUGGCCUGCAGGGAGCCCUCUGGCCGGUGGGUGCUAACUGGUGUCACCAGCUGGGGUUACGGCUGCGGACGGCCCCACUUCCCGGGUGUCUAUACUCGGGUGGCUGCCGUGAGAGGCUGGAUCGGGCAGAACAUCCAGGAGUGACCGGCCCGUGGCUGCCCACGCCUGGGACAAGAGAGGUGAACGCAGCAGGAAGCGGCUGGCCCCUCUGCCCGAGGAGGGGAGUCUGGGGCGCGGGCGGGAGGUGAGGGGCUGCGGGUAACCGGGCGCAACCUUACUGCGUAUUUUGUUGCAAUAAACAGCCCCUCGUCCCUAGCCAGCCGGCUCAGCACCUCCGUGUCACAGCAGGACCACUUGCCCGCCCCUCAGCCCGGCCUGGGGGUGGGAGGGUGCGGGGGAGAGGAAGCGAGGCCUCCUGGGGGCGAGGACCACCCUCCAAGGCUUCGGCGCAGCAGCUGGGGAGGGGGCUG